UUUUACUAAAGGUGGCAACGUGCUUUCUAAUCGCUGACUUAUUUUAGUCCAGCGUGUUAUAGACGAGUUAUCUUUACAGUAAAAAUAAUCAUUCGCAGGAUAGUAUAGAAUAAACUCGAAAGCCAGAAAUUUAUCCCACACUUCUAUGAUCCCUUGCUGUAGAAUAAUCACGAGUGCCAGGGUUCGCCUCGUCACUAACCAUCGAACCCUUCAACCUACUACGUCUCAAUCGACCGUGACCUGUUACAAACGUACCUUUGCCAUUCGUUUUCCGCUAUCACCACCACGAAUUCGCCUUACUCGCAGCUUCCAUCUCAAAACUGCCGACAUGUCUUCCACCGACCCAUCUCCAGCGUCCCUUCCCUCCUCCGAACCCGGCAGCUCAAAAGAAGAACAAAACGUGGAAAAGAAACAGCAAAAGGAAGAGACUAAACUCGCUCCUCUCAAGGGGACCGAGUUCCGCGCUUACAACCGGCUGGCGGAGCACAUGGACUUAUAUCACGCGCAUUUCCGGACGACGUGGAACUCGCUAUGGGCAGAAGCGUGCGCGGGGAACAGUAACGGGGGCAAGGCGAAGCUCAGGCGGAUCAUGCUGGACGGGUUUUCGUUUGUGGGGCAGCUGGAAACCCACCACCAAAUCGAGGAGGCGUAUAUCUUCCCGGUGCUCGCGCGACGGAUGCCCGAGUUCAAGAAUGACGGCAAGGGUGCGGCCGAGCUGCUGCGGCAGCAUCGUGAGAUUCACCACGGCCUGGAUGAGUUGCGCAACUACCUACAGGCUUGCCGGCAGGGCUCUAAGGAGCUGGAUAUGGAUGUGAUGAAGGCAUUGAUGGAGACGUGGGGGACUGUGCUAUGGACGCACAUGGAUCAGGAGGUUAAGACACUUGGGGCGGAGAAUAUGAGGAAGUACUGGACCGCAGAAGAGAUUCGGCAGAUACCUAUGUAGAUGCAAGCAGGAAAGUAGGAAUGAACAUCAUACAUAAAGGAUCUAGAUAGAAAUACCCAUAGAUCUAAUUAUUGUAUUGUAUUGUAUUGUACAAUACAUAACAGUAGGUUAGGUACCUACUUAACCUAGAUAGUUACAUAGUAGUUAGUGAUUAUAC